AUGGAGCACCUCCUCACGAUGGAGCACCUCCUCACGCAGUGCGUGAGUGCCUGGACGUGCCCUAAUGGGUCGGACACGGCAAACUCGAAAAUUGAGAAGGGGAAGCAAGGUCUCGCUAUGAGUCAGGGGGAAUCGAAGGAAUCAGAGCUCAAAGGCCCCAGAGAAGGAAACAGCGGCGCGGCGCAGCCUGACGUCCCAUCGGACGAGGCUCCUCCGGGAGAGGACACUCCUGCGUCUGCAGAUGCCGAGCCCAAAGGCAAAGAACCAGAAGGUGGAUCAAGCACUCAAGAGGGUGCAAGCACAGGCUCCGGGGAAUCAGGGCAGGCUCUCAAAAUUGGUUUGCCAAACAAGAAGAAGAAGAAGAAUAAGUGGAAAGGGAAGAAGGGAACAAAGCUCCAGCGUCCCGAGUUGAACGAAACCGUCACACUCUCCUCCGGAGAAACGAUCAAGAGUUAUCGUGUGUUCAGAGAGGAUGGGGGCAUUCUGUCCAUUUACUGUGCGCUCUGCCAGAAGGACAUAAAUGGACUCGGGGAAUUUGAUCUGCACAAGGACAGCCAUAAUCACAAGAAGAAGAAAAUGCUGUCCAGCAAGGAAUCUGCUGCCUUCCUGUUUCAUGUCAAUUCAAAGCUUGCAGAUGAGAUGGAUAACCCAGUUGGGGAUGGAUAUUAUGGUGAGAAAGAGGGAGAUGAAAGUGGAGAAUCUGAGGAGUCCUGUGUGCCUCUCCCCCUCCAGCCAUUCUGUGAGAAGACCACUGCGAUCAUCCAGCCUUUCCUGGAGACAUUCACCCAUAAACCUCUUGUUGGUCUUGACUAUGUUUUGGAGGUGGUCAGUCCCAGUGGGGAGCUGUUGUACAACUGCCUCCUCUGCACCAAGUCCACUAGUCGAAAUGUUCUCACUUCCCAUAUGAUGGGGAGUCAGCACAGGCUUACCUACAUGAAAAAGUUCUUCCCAUCCCUUGCUGACAAGUUUAAGAAGAAGCCAAAUACUUGGAGUGCAGGGAUGCACAAUGCAUUAGAGGAGGUGUGUGCCCGAGCUGAAAAACACUUUGGGAGGAUGCAAGUCUACCAGAUCAAAUCCACUGUGUUACAGCCCAACCUUGAGAAGAUUCAGGAGGCAAUAGAAAGAGUCCCACAUUAUAAAGAGACAGAGGAUUUCCACUUUAAAAAGUUUGAUCCCGAGAAGUCCCUGUCGCCGAAACCAUCAUUCCAUGUGACGAAGAGCAGCAGAGUCAGGGGUGGGAAUGAAACCAGGAGGGAACCAGAUCAGUUCCAUGCACAGAUGCCUCUUAUGCCAAUGUAUAUGAACCCAGGACCUCCUGGCCCCAGUGGUAUGGAAUUCCCAGUGGGUCCUGGACCCCCUGCUCCAGAAUACCCUAUGAUUCCACCAGGUCCUGAUUAUCCAAUGGGACCCCCUGGCCAUACCUUCCCAAUGCGACCUCCGGGCCCCGAAUUCUCAAUGGGACCUCCAGGCCCUGAUUACCCUAUGGGGCCUCCAGGGCCUGACUUCUCAAUGGGUCCACCACCAGAAUUUGCCAUCCCUCCUGCCCCAGACUUUGGACCACAGUUUGGAUUGCCACCAGCUGGCCCUCGACCAGGAAUGCUGGUACCUGGCCCUAGACCUGGAAUGAUGGUACCUGGCCCUCCUGGUCCGCAAGGGAAUUUUAUGCCUCCUCCUGGAGCACCACCAGCAAUGCAACCACCUGUGCUUCAGCCACAAGCACCUGCUGUUGUUGCAGCGAGGAUGACUACCCCAGUCAUGGUCCAAAAGUCACCCAUGAUUCAUCCAUCAGGAGUGCUUGAUGAGUUCAAACCUGUAACAAAAGUUCCACUGCCUUCACAUGCAGGGAGAGACAGAGUAGAUUUCCAGAAGAGAAAUCUUCUAGAGCCACCUCCCCCUGGUGCAGUUGAGGAACAGGCACCACCUGUGAUGCAACCAGAAGAGGUCACUGAUCCCACCAGCCCUUCCAAUCCUUUCAUCCGCUCUGAAAUUGAAAGAUUCCGACAGAAGCAUCAAGAGGACAUUGCCAAGGAACCACCAAGCCACUUGGUUGGAAAGUGGGAUAAACGAGUCUCUAUAGGUGCAAAUCAAAACCAAAACAAAGACAACAGGAACAAGGAGUUGAUCAAAAUCCGGUUGGCAAACCUCCGCCAGGAUGUGACACGUGAUGAGAGCGUGAAAUCGUACUAUGAACGUGCAAAGGAGAAAACGGCACAGUCUUCAUCAGAGAGUGAACCUGAAGUCUUGUUACAGAAAAGCUCCAAGGAAGAGAAGAAAAAGAAUGACCGGGAGGUUGCCUCAAAGAGAGACCAUGCCGCUCGGAGCAAGAGCCCCGGAAGGAGGGAAAGCCACAAGAAGCACCGCCAGUUGUCCGGAAGCUCGUCGUCGUCGCCGGAAUCCCGGCAGAGGAAGCACCGGUCGGAUCGGUCCCGGGAGCCGCCCGCCCACCAGCACCAUUCGCGGCAUCCGAAGCACGAGAAUUCCCGGUCGAGGUCUCACGAGCACCAGUAUUCCCAUCGGAAGCGCCGUCACCAUUCUCCGUCCCCGUUCUCGAAGGAGAAAGAUAAGUACGAUCGCUACAAGAGGGAGGAGGUGGUGAUGAUGGAGAAGCACGAGAAACGCUGGGAGAUCUACGACAAGCGAGCCGAGGACCAUCCCCUGUACGCGAAGGAAUGGGAGGCGUUUUGGUCCCGGCGGUACAAGGAACUGGCGAACACGGGCCGAGACCCGGGCAGCUACGACUUCAAGGCCGAGUGGACGGUCUUUUGGACGCAGAGGCGGAGCAAGGAGCUGAAGAAGGAAGACAUGGAGCUUCACAAACGGGAGCUGUUGAAUCGAUACGGGUACGCGGUCCCGCCGGAGGAGCCGGUGCACCCGAAGAAGUCGAGCUUGCGUCUCUCCGAGGAGGCGAAGAAGAAGAAGUUCGAACGCGUGAAGAUCGAGCAGAUCCCGGACGAGGAACUGGACAGGAUCAGUUCGGGGGACGAGGGAAUGCCGAGGGAUCCGGAGCGGCUCACGCCUCCCCAUCGUCGCAGGGAGAAGCGGGCUCCGUCUCGAGGGACCCGAGGGCCGUCGCCGGAGCGGAGAGGGGCCUCUCGCGAGAGGAGUCGGGAGAUGACGCGGCCGUACGAGAAGCUGGUCUUUGAGGCCCUGCGUCUUCUCAUCGUUCUGGACACGGAUCUCGGUUCGCUGUCGAGUAAGAUCAGCAGUCUGUUGAUUCAGGCGAGGAGGAUGGAGACGUCCUGCGAAGGAUCCUCGAACGCCCUGCUCCGCGACACGCAGGCCGUGGAGGUGCUGGAACUCGCGAGUGAGAAACUUCAGGCGCUCGUGGACACGGGGCUUCUGAGCCGGAACAAGUACCGAGCGGCGAGGCUCGCUCUGGACCAGGUGCAUCGCACGCUUCGCGAGGCGCGGAAGGUUCAGGCGGCACUGCCGUCGAGCCAGGCGAACGAACCGAAGCGGUCGCGUCCGACUGCGCCGAUCGAUCCGUCGAGCAUCGACGAGGCCGUGCUCGCCGAGGCGGUGGCGAAUCACUUGGCUCAGACGGGAAGGGCGGACAUCUCGGAGGAGGAGCUGCAGCAGGUGCUGCAGGGGGUGCUGCAGCGGUUCAACACGGUCGUGCAGCCGCAGCCUCGUGCGGCCGUUUCGAUGCAGGAGGCGCCAGUGAAUGCCGGGUCUGUGGUGUUUCCCAUAUUGAAUCCCGGGCAGCCGAAGACCGUCGGCGGUCUCUCGAUGCUGCAGAGCUCGUAUCAGGAGCCGCAGAUCAGUCCGUCGACCUCGGGGUUGAGGCCGUCGGCUGCUUCGCAGGAAGGGUCGGAGGAGUUGUCGCUGGAGCUGCUGGAGUCGCUGAUUAAAAAUUUCGAUUGCCUGACGCGGCAGGAGCAGCACAAUCUCAUCAGCACCAUCAAGAAGCUGGAGGCGAAGAAGUCGCCGAAAGUUGCCAAGCUGCACGAGAUCAUGAAGCACGGUGGCUUUCUGGGGAUCGUUCCCAAGUCGAAAGUCCAACAGCAGCAAGCCGUGUCGCAGACGGCGGAAACGAAGCAAUACGCGACGAGGAAGGCGGGGCCGUCGUCGCAUGCGUCCGGUCGCGGCGCGGCGCCGUCUGCCACCUCGGCUCCCAAAGGAAUGCCUUGGAACCAGAACCAGGGCAUUCCGGGUCUGGAUUACGUGAACACGCCCAUGCCGAUGGCUCCCAACGUGCACUGGCCCGCGGGUUGGCCUCGAGGGGUCAUGCCGCACUCCCGCACCCAGUUCAAUUGA